CCUAUCCCCCUACCUUAUCCAAUGGCCGCCGCCGAGCCGCCGGUGCGCUAUGGGAUCCUGGGCUGCGCCAAUAUAGCGCGAAAGAUGUGGCGGGCGAUUCUCCUCUCCGGCAACUCCACCGUCGUCGCCGUCGGCAGCCGAUCCCUCGCCAAAGCCGAGGCUUUCGCUAAGGAAAACGGCUUCCCCGGCUCGGCUAGGGCUUACGGCUCCUACGACGCCGUCAUUGACGACCCAGACGUUGACGCCGUCUACAUUCCGUUGCCGACGAGCCUCCACCGGCGGUGGGCGGCCCUUGCGGCGGAGAAGAAGAAGCACGUGCUGCUGGAGAAGCCGGUGGCGCUGAACGUGGCGGAGCUUGACGAGAUACUGGCAGCGUGCCGAGUGAAUGGAGUGCAGUACAUGGACGCCACCAUGUGGAUGCACCACCCCCGCACGGCGGCGAUCGCGGCGGCGCUCUCCGACCGCUGCCGCUUUGGCCAACUCAAAGCGGUACAUAUUAUAUAUUCACACAACUGCGGUCCUGAUUUCCUCAAAAAUGACAUUCGGGUGAAGCCCGACCUUGACGCCUUAGGUGCAUUAGGCGAUGCUGGCUGGUAUUGUAUCAGAGCAAUUUUAUGGGCAUACGAUUACAAUCUCCCGACAACCGUCGUAGCUCUACCAAACACCGAGUUCAACGAGGCCGGCGUUAUCCUCUCAUGUGGCGCUUCCUUACAAUAUCCCGACAACAAAAUGACAACUUUUUACUGUUCGUUUUUAGCCAAUUUGACGAUGGAGGUCAAUUUUUUAGGAACUGAUGGCUAUAUUCGCUUCAACGAUUUUGUCAUACCUUUCGAAGAGAAAGUAACACAUUUCUAUGAGCAUGCCAACACUCGAUUUGGCGAGCUAGCAACUUCUAUCGAGCCUUUGCCCACAAAACAUGUUGUAAGAUCGGAUCUCCCACAAGAGGUUUUGAUGGUGAAGGAGUUUUCGAAUUUGGUGCAAAAAAUUGAUCGUGGGGGAGAGAAAAGUGAGAAAAAAUGGGAAAUUAUUAGUCGCAAAACUCAACUUGUUAUGGAUGCCGUCAAGACAUCGAUUGAUAAGGGUUUUGUUGCCGUUGAGGUCGAGGAAUAGUGUAAUAAAAGGGAUUUAUUGUAGUAUGAAUUGAUCGUAUUGCAAUAAUGUUAAAAUGAUUGGUAAAGAUUCUAUUGUUGUAAUGUGGAUUUGUUGUUGUGGAUA